AACUGACAAAAGCAACACAGACGAAGCUGCACAGACCACAACCUGCCUAACCCCAGAGAGAGAAAGAGUGGCGAAAACUCCUACACAAAAUUUUUACAGAAAACGAGGGAAAUUUCUUCCGAGACCUGACAGAGGCCCGGGGAUCCCCCAGUUUCCAUUUUUCAACACUUUCAACAGAGGAGACUGAAGACCUGUCUCCUUCGCCCCUCGAUCCCUCUCUCUUUCGUCCUCUCGCUCUCCCAGAAUGGCAGGGUGGGAUCUGUCAGUCACAGUGGAGGACCUGGGCCCUGACGCCCCACCUGUCACCCUCAGCGUGACCUCUGACCUGCACGUCGGAGGGGUCAUCCUCAGGCUGGUGGAAAAGACACAGAUUAAGAGGGAUUGGUCGGACCACGCAAUAUGGUGGGAGCAGAAGCAGCGGUGGCUACUGCGGACAUCCUGGACUCUGGAGAAAUAUGGCAUUCAUGCCGAUGCACGGCUGCUCUACAUGCCCCAGCACAAGCCCCUGAAGCUGGGUCUGCCCAACGGCAUCACCCUGAGGCUCCACGCCUGCUUCUCCAGCCCCGUCUUUCAGACACUGAUGGGCAUCUGCAGAAUGCUCAACAUCCGUCACCCCGAGGAGCUCUCCCUGCUUCGCCCUUUAGAGGAGAAAAAGAAGAAGAAAGACAAAGACUCUGCAGAGGAGAUCUACGAUCUGACCGAGGUGCCCCGCUCCUCGGUGUCCCGGCCCUGUCUGUACAACGGCAUGCCAGCUCACUUUGCUGACUCACCUAAGAUGGAGGCCAUCUACAAGAUGCUGUCAGUUACUCAGCCUCCGCCUGCACCGGAGGUCGUCGCCAAGCAGUACCGCCCAGCCAGUGUGGUGGACAAGGCCCACAUCAAUGGCCGGUGGUUGGACUCAUCUCGUUGUCUUAUUCAGCAGGGCAUCCGAGAAAAUGACCGACUCUGGCUUCGCUUCAAAUACUUUGCCUUCUAUGACAUAGAACCCAAGUACGAUGUUGUGCGUCUGACGCAGCUUUAUGAACAGGCUCGCUGGUCCAUCCUUCUGGAGGACAUCGACUGCACCGAGGAGGAGAUGAUGCUGUUUGGAGCUCUGCAGUACCACAUCAGUAAGGUGUCUCAGUCAGAGCCCAAGCUGCUGAGCUCCAGUGCAGCCAUGGAUGACCUGGAGUCAGCCCUGCAGUCCCUGGAGGUCAAGAUGGAUGGAGAGAGCAGCUCCGCAUCCGAGAUGCUGGAAUGCAUGACUGCACCAGAACUCAACGACUAUCUGAAGAUUUUCAGGCCAAAGAAGUUGACACUGAAGGGAUACAAGCAGUACUGGUUCAAGUUCCAGGAUACAUCCAUCUCUUAUUACAAGAGCAAAGAGGAGAGCAUUGGAGAACCCAUUCAACAGAUAAACCUCAGAGGAUGUGAAGUGGCUCCAGACGUUAACAUGGCUGCACAGAAGUUCCUCAUCAGACUCCUGAUACCAGCGCCUGAGGGCAUGAACGAGGUCUAUCUGCGCUGUGAAAAUGAGCAGCAGUAUGCUCAGUGGAUGGCCGCAUGUCGGCUGGCCUCCAAAGGCAAGAGCCUCGCUGACAGCAGUUUCCAGAGUGAAAUAAAGAGCAUCCACUCCUUCCUGGCAAUGCAGAGGACCAACCCUAGUUCCCAUGGCAACACACCUGCCAAUGAUGAAAGCAUCAAUACCCACAGUCUUGUAUCACCACGCUACCAUAAGAAGUACAAAACCAAACAGCUGACCCCUCGUAUCCUGGACGCAUACCAGAACGUGGCUCAGCUCUCACUGACUGAUGCGUUGACGCGCUUCCUGCAGAUCUGGCAGGCGCUGCCCGACUUUGGCCUCUCAUACAUCGUUGUCAGGUUCAAAGGUAGCCGAAAAGACGAGGUACUGGGCAUCGCCCCCAACCGCCUGAUCCGCAUCGACCUGGGGGUGGGUGAUGUGGUGAAGACGUGGCGCUACAACAACAUGAAGCAGUGGAACGUCAACUGGGACAUACGACAGAUGGCCAUUGAGUUUGAGGGCAAUGUCAACAUUGCUUUUAGCUGCGUGACUGCUGACUGUAAAAUCGUUCAUGAGUUUAUUGGAGGCUACAUUUUCAUGUCAACGCGCAGUCGUGAGAAAAGUGACACGCUUAAUGAGGAACUCUUUCACAAGCUGACUGGAGGCCACGAAGCUCUCUGAGGCUAAAACUCAGAAUGGAUUAUUCAUGUGGCAUCCCGGCACAUUAAUCACAAAAGAUGGUAACAGUAUAACAAUGGGUCAAAACUAGAUAUUCUGUUCAUGUUUAAAUGUAGAAAUACCUUUAUUAGUCCAUUUAAGUUCUUAUCUAGCCUUUGUUUCACAAGUAAGCUACAUCAGUCAGAGGAUGGACUUCACAUGAGUGCAAGCCAAGUGAUCCUCAUGCUGACUUCCACUUUCCUUCAGGAUGGACUGAUGGUGGAACAAACCACAGAGUUCAGCAUCAAUAGGAAAACACAAUCUCUUGGAAAUAAAAAUAUUUGUUUUCACACCCUUUUAGUAUCCACAUUUGUUAUCAGUAUUAUUCAGGAUGCAAAGUCUUAUUAUAUCCAGAGGUAGAGUCUUAUUGUCACUUAGACUUUUGCUAAAAUUAUUUGGCACAUAACUGAAGCCGCAUUAUCAUCGGAGCCAAGGAGAAACAGUGUAUACCACAUAAACAUAAUAAAUAAACAAAGAUUUAUUAAAUACA